AUGCUAAGAGCUGCCAAAAAGAACAUCAGUAAAAUCAAAAACCAUUAUAGGAAAAGGUUUCACCCAGAACAGACAAGACCUCCUCUACCUAUCAUCUCCUUACAAAAUUUCCUUAACGACCUGAGAAACCAAUCAACAAGUGAAAAAAUGAUCAAUCCAGCCGAAGCAACUCUGAUACCUAAAGAAAUAAAG